AUGAAGGGAAAGAUGGUGUUAUUCUGUAGCAUAGUGGUUGUGGUGGGACUCACCAUAGUGGGUGCCCAGGGACAAUGGCCCAGACCAUAUGCUAGUUACAGGCCAUACAUGAGGUAUGCAUCGUGGCCUAGAGAAUCUCCAAGCAGAUACUUAUUUCGAAAUGCCCUCAUACCUGCCGAGACAUUUGAUGUGUCAUUUUCGAGCCUUCUCAAUGAUGUAAGGAACCUAAUGGAAAUUGAUGAGGAUUUCUUUGAUCCAUGGACAUCAAGAUUUGGUUAUGAUAGGGAUGCGAAAGAACAUGAUGAAAGAGACAGUGACUAUGGAGGGUCCACUGACUCUGGUUGUUCAUGUGGAUGUGACAGCUGUAAUGAAAUGAUUGAUAACAACAUAAACAAUCAAAAACUUAUGAACAUGAAAUACCUUGAAGAGCUCCAGAGAGAUGAAAGAGAUAAGCAUAUGGGGGAACAGAGACUUAGAGAACAGCAAAUGAGGGAACAGAGACUCAAAGAACAGCAAAUGAGAGAACAGAGACUCAAAGAACAGCAAAUGAGGGAACAGAGACUCAAAGAACAGCAAAUGAGGGAACAGAGACUCGGAGAACAGCAAAUAAGGGAACAGAGACUCAAAGAACAGCAAAUGAGGGAACAUAGACUCAAAGAACAGCAAAUGAGAGAACAGCUCGAAGAACAGCAAAUGAGGGAACAGAGACUCAAAGAACAGCAAAUGAGGGAACAGAGACUCCAAGAACAGCAUGCAAUGAGAGAAAUACAAAAACUGAGAGAGCAACACAAACAUAAUCUGCCACUAACUGAGGUAAUCAACCUACAAGUGGAAGGCUAUUUUCCUGAGGAGAUUACAAUUAAGCUUAGAGAUGGUGUUGUAUUUGUAUCAGGUCAUCAUAUUUGUAGUUGUAAUGAAAACUGCAAUGAAAAGAAAUUUGAAAGAAAAUACACUUUGCCUCACUCAUUUGAUCCUAAUUCACUCUCUGCUACCAUCGACAAAAAGGGUGACCUGAUUCUUGAAGGGGUGCGGUAUAGGGGCCCUGUAGAACAGUACGACAGAGAUAUAACUGUACAGGGGAUUGAUAUACCACAAAGAAAUCCUAAUCACCCAUGUGGAAAUCUCAAGAAAAAUGGAGGAAUCAAACUUGCUAAGAUUGAUGCAAGAACUGGUAAAAGAUAUGUACCUGAGGUUUAUGAAUUUGAAAAAGACACAAUACGUUUUUCUUCAAAUGAAUAUGAUGACGAUGAUGUUUCUCUUGAAGUUGUUUAUGAAUAA